UCGUGUCGCUGUUGAAUACGUACCGUAUCUAUCAAUCAUAACGAUUAUUUUCCUCUUUGGGAUGGCAUAAAAGAAGAGAGAAAUAAUAGAAGAAGCACUUUGAUCUGAGACAGCAAAGAAGAAGGAAUACAAGACUCUUAACCACAGGAAACCCAACCAAGAAAUACUGAAUCAUGAAGACUCUGAUGCUCUUGGCAGCAAUUUGCCUUGUUCUCUGUGUUGUACUGCCCCAAACCGACGCGUUAUGCCUCAGGUAUCGCGUUGUAACAUGCGGUGUGAGGUACCUCAGUAACUGCGGCUGGUAUCGUGUCUGCUUAAGGUACUACAGAACUACAUGCUAUUACAAGAGAGACCAGAUCGAGAAUGACAAGGGAAAAGUUAAAAGUACGAAAAAAGGACCAGAAAAGGCUAUCCUUGAAAAGUUCCCGUACAAGUUCUCUACCUAUGACAAGGACGGCGACAAAAGUAUCACCUUCGAUGAGUUCCGAACAACCAUCUCUGAUGUGAAAAAGAAAACCGACCUUAAAAAAGUCUUCAACAGUGCUGACGAGAAUAAAGACGGAGUCAUCAAUUGUGACGAGUUCAAGCUGGCGCCAUGGGGUUUCUCAAAAAAGCCAGUUUGUGAUUAAAAGCGCUGACCAGAGCCGGGGAAUUCAGCAUGUCCAAAGAAUGCAUUUGUUCAACAGUAAUGAUUAAAAAUUGUAAGGCGGGCUAAGAAAAUAAGAUUCAAAUAAACUGAUUAAAUGAAA